AAGAGACUAAGAUACUAUAUUCCUGUUUUUCAAUGGGCACCGGAUUAUUCGGCCUCGUUGUUCAGUCAUGACAUUUUCUCUGGUUUAAGCAUCGCAUCUUUAUUAAUUCCCCAAGCACUAUCCUAUGCAACUACACUAUGUAGAGUUCCAGCUGUUAAUGGUCUGUACACUGCCUCUGUGUCAGGACUUAUUUACGGAUGUUUAGGAAUGUCACCACAUCUUUCUGUUGGUCCUGAGGCCACAGUCUCUCUUAUGAUCGGGGCAAGUAUAGCCCAACAAAGCUCCCGCUACGAUGGUGAAGUCAACCCAGAGACAGCAGCAGCGGUUGCCAGUCUUACCGCUUUAUUUGUCGGAAUCUUCACACUCGGCCUAGGCCUUUUGAGAUUCGGUUUCCUCGACAGUCUGAUAAGUCGUGCCCUGCUGCGUGGGUUUAUUACGGCAGUUGCAGUUGUUGUAAUUGUCCAACAGACAAUAUUAAUGCUUGGGCUUGAAGAAAUGGCAAGGCUUUCAGGAAUUAAAUCCGACUCGACGACAAUAGAACGCUGCAUCUUUAUCUUUUUGAAUAUCAGGCACGCUCAUCCCUUAACCACUAUUGUUUCUACGAGUACGCUCAUCGUCCUUUUUGGAAGCGCAUUUGCCAAGCGUCAGUGCUGCUUUAUCAAACGAGUUCCUGAAGUGUUACUUGUUGUGGUGACCAGCAUUAUUGUGUGUCGAUGGAACAGAUUGGACCUGGCUGGACUGAGUAUCCUUGGCAGCGUCGGAUCCUCUGGCAUCAACUCACCACUUCCAGUUCCAAGUAUCCCAUAUUUACCAGCCUGGGGAAACCUAAGGACAGUCCUCAUGGAUUCAGCAAUGAUUUCUAUAAUUGGAUUUAUUGAAUCUAUUGCUGCCUCCAAGCUUUUCGGUAGACGUUAUAAUUAUUUUGUCAGUGCGAACCGGGAACUCGUAGCAUUAGGAGUCAAUAACGUCAUCGGUGGAUUCUUUGGAGCUUUCCCUGCAUUUGGAUCUUUUCCUAGAAGCAAAGUUCAUGAAACGGUCUAUCCAAAAACCCAAAUGUCUGGCAUUAUUGCUGGAGUCACAACUCUGGCCGCCACCGCAUUUCUAUUGCCCGUGUUUUUCUACCUUCCUAAAGCUACUCUGUGCUGUAUAAUAUUCGUUGCUGUCACGUCGUUACUUCAAGAACUUCCUUCUGAUCUUAGGUUUAUGUGGAAGCUGAAGGCUUGGAAAGAUGCAGCUCUUUUGGGAACAAUUUUCUUCACUACGAUGAUCUUUUCUCUUGAGGUUGGGACUUGUGUUGCAAUAAUUAUUAGUCUGGUUGCUACUGUCCGAAAUAAUAGCUGUCCUCGUAUAAAUGCUCUAGGAAGAGUAAAGGGUACCAGUGAAUUCUUGCCAAUAAAUUCCAAUCAAUAUAGCGUUGAACACAUAAAAGAUACGCUAAUUGUACGCAUUGAAGAACCAUUGCAUUUUGGAAAUGCGGGAAAACUAAAAGAGCGAUUACGACGUAUUGAGCUGUUUGGAAAUCUAGAUAUCCAUCCAUCUGAAGAUCCAAGCAAAAAAGAUGUAAAUAGUAUUAUUAUUGACUUGGCAGGAAUGGUAUCUAUUGAUCCAAGCGGUGUUCAUGUAUUAUAUGAAGCUAUCGAGUCUUAUACUCAACAGAAUAUAGAGGUCUACUUGGUAAGUAUUCAGUCCAAUACAUCGGCGCUGUUACAUCGAGCAGAUAUAUUUUGUCUAGUUCCAUCGAACUACAUUUUUUCAAGACUUUCCGAAGCAGUCGAGGCAGUCGAGAUAAAAUCUCGACCU